AUGGCGACGGGACGCGGCCGGCUCCUGCAGCAGCUUUGGUUCGGCCUCCAGGCGCUGCGUUUGCCGCCCGGCGGCGCCGGCGCGGCCCCGGGGACUGACCGGGAGGCCGCCGGGCCCGCCGAGUUCAGAUUUCAGGGCAGCAGGUCCUCCAGCUGUGUGGAUGCCUUUGGAACCACUGUACCUGCCCUAAAGGAUUAUGCUAUCAAACUGAUGCCUUCAGAAAUCUUGCUGAAGAUCUUUUCCUACUUGGAUGCUGUGACCCUGCUGUGUGCUGGAUGUGUGAAUAGGCGCUUUUAUCAUCUGGCCAAUGACAAUUUUAUUUGGAUCAGAAUCUAUUCAACUGCAUUUUCACCUAAAAGAUCUAACUGGAAAGUUAACUCAGCAGAGACGACUGCUGUAUCUAUGAACUUACUGUCGGUUGAGGAUAAAGAAGCUGGAUAUUGGAAGAAAGAAUAUAUCACAAAACAAAGAACAUCUGUAAAAGCAGCGCUAGCUCAGGUUCUCCAGCCUGUCAACCCUUACACAGGCCUUCCAGUCAAAACCAAAGAGGCACUCAGAAUAUCUGGUUUAGGUUGGGUAAUUAUACUGAAAGAAAAAAAUGGAAAAGAGUACAUCAUGGAGCACGUUGACCUUUCCAUAAAUGAUUCAUCAGUGACGAUUAUGUGGUAUGGCAAAAAUUGGCCACAGUUAGCCACGUUGUCAACCUUAGAUUUGUGUGGUGUGAUGCCAGUUUUUAUGGACCGGUCUAAAACCCCCUCCAAAAAUGGACCUCGGUGGCAUUCUUUAAUUGCAAAGUACAACCUGAGUAAUUUAACUGAAUCCACCAUGAUUGGCUGGGACAGACUCAUUCGGAUCUUCUGUCUACACCCGGGCCUCCUGGUGGGGCUGUGGAAGAGGGAGGAAGAACUGGCUUUUGUUAUGGCAAAUCUUCAUUUCCAUCACCUUGUGGAGAAGAGCACGUUAGGCUCAGCCACUGUCCCCUACGAGCUACCUCCUCAUACCCCCCUUUUGGAUGACAACCCAGAGUGCGGACUGCAUGGCUACCAGCUCCAUGUUGAUAUGCACAGCGCUGGAAUUUUCUACAUGUGUGGUACAUUUCGCAGUCUCUUUACCAAGAAAGGAUCCAUUGAAAAUGGAUAUGUGAAGCUUGUUGUUAUAAGUUUCAAAAAUAACACAGAACACCUACCUCUUAUUGGAAAAGUUGGCCUCUCUUGGAGAACUGAUGUUUUCGAUGGCUGUAUAAAGAGUUGUUCUAUAAUGGACGUAACCCUUUUGGAUGAAUAUGGGAAACCCUUUUGGUGUUUCAGUUCCCCUGUUUGCAUGAGAUCUUCCGGGCCCUCUGAUGGGCCUAACUUCUUGGGACACACUUACUAUGUUGACUAUGUGGACUCAGAAGGAAAAGUGCACAUGGAGCUGGUGUGGAUCAAAGAGACAGAAGAAUACUUCAUCGUCAGCCUGGUCCUUUACCUGAGGAUAGCAAAAAUAAACCACUGGUUUGGGACAACAUACUAA